AUGACCAAUUGCAUAGCUUUGGACAUUGUUGGUCAAGAGCGCUUCAGAACCAUCACUAGCAGUUACUAUCGUGGGGCACAUGGCAUAACAGAAUUAAACCUUAUUGAUAAUAGAGUUGUGUCCUAUGAUAUAGCCAAGGCUUUUGCAGAUGAAAUAGGCAUCCCUUUCAUGGAAACAAGUGCAAAAGAUGCUACAAAUGCGGAACAAGCAUUCAUGGCUAUGGCUGUUGACAGUACUUACCCUUAA